AUGGAUUAUCAUCAAUCUCCACAUCCACAUCCCCAUCGUCAUCAUCAUCACCAUUAUCGUCGUCAACUCUUUGACCAUUUUCAUACGCACAAUGAAAAAAGCGAGAAGCCACCUUUUGAUCUCCCAAAGGUGACCGUGACCGAUACCUCCAAAGUUGAUAUUAAGGAUCCAGUGGAAGCACAAUCAUUUCAAGACUUGAACAAGGUCGAUGCUCAAGACGCAGCUGUUCCACCCGCCGAGAUUGUGAACCCGGAGCCUGUUCAAAACGUGAUGGAUAAGCAAGACCCCAUGUAUUAUAAGGGAGCUGAAUUGCUUGAAGAAGACAUGGAAAAGCAACAACAAAAACUAAAUCAACAACAACAACAAGACGAUGAAGAAGAAGUAUCUCGCAUUUCUGAAGAGCUCAAGCGAACAACAGAGCAAAACAAGCACAUUCCAUACAUCGAGCCACAACCUGAGGCGCCCAAAAAGAAAAAGAAGCACCCUCACUUAGGAUUUGAUGAGCCUGUUAUGCGUAUCCUCCCUGAUCGUGUGGUGAUUACACAGCUUUAUGGACAUCAGCCUGUGAGUGAAAUGCAACAAGCCAAACGCAAGCCACGUGUGUAUAUGGUCGCAUGCGACUUUAGUUCUGAAAGUGUAAACGCUAUCGAGUGGACCAUGGGCACCAUGAUGCGUGAUCGAGACGAGGUUCAUGUUAUCGCCGUGGUUCCACCGGAUGAUUCUUCCUCGCAAAAAGCAAGCCCUGCAAAUCAACUGCAAGGCACUUCUAUUUCUCUUUGUGACAAGGCACGAGACAUCUUGAAGCAUAUGCUAUUGUAUGACAUCAAAAUGGUCGUGCAUGCUAUUCGUGGUCAUGUGAAAGAAGUUUUGAUUUCUAUGAUCUAUGAAUUGCCGUUGACAAUGGUUGUAUGUGGCUCUCGAGGCCGAAGUGGAAUGAAAGGUUUACUGGUGGGCUCUAUAUCCAACUACCUCAUCCAAAAGUCGCCUGUUCCCGUAUCAGUGAUUCGUCAGCCGAAAAAGAAGUCUAAGGUGAAAAAGAACAAGGCCGCACAUGCAGCACCUCUCAGUGAAAGUGUUAGAACAGGACAACUCGUGGUGGAUGAGCUCGGUAGCAAAUCGAAACACGAGCGGUGA